AUGUCCGAUUUGAUAUCCUCUCUUUAUCCGCCGCCGCCGCCGUAUGUUCGCUUUUUCACCGCCGAGAACGUGCAGCGUGCGGCAGAAUUGCGCAGACAGCACGGCCCGGACGCCGACAAAGUGCUCUCGGAGACCAAAGAUCUGCGGUUUCUUGUCCCUCCUCUGCCCCCCAACAAGCCACAGUACCGCUCUUUUGGAGACAUCUGGAACUUUGAGGACAAGUUCAUCACGCUGGAGGAGUCCGGGAUCCAGCAAUUGUACGAGGAGGCGGACAAUGUCGAGGAGGAGACGUUCACGGUGGAGCGUAUCGAGGAGCUCAAGAAAAUGACCAAGUCGCUACUGCUUAACUUCCUGGAAUUUACAGGGCUGCUGGCCAAGAACCCUGCACAGGCGCACGUGAAGAUUGAGCAGAUCCGCGUGAUUUUGAUCAACCUGCAUCAUCUGCUCAACAGCUACCGUCUGCACCAGUCGCGCGAGGGACUGAUUCUCAAGAUGGAAGAGAAGAUCAGAAACGACACAGAAACCAUCCAGAAAAUCGAAGAUACGUGUUUGCAAGUGGAGGAGCGCAUCCGGUCGCUUGUGUGGCGCGAGAAGGACGUUGAGGUUGAGCACGUCGACAAUUCGCAGAACACAGAGCCUAGCCGGGAGCAGAUCGUCGAGAGCGUAAGAAAGAGUGUUUUGGAAGGGGCCUAA